UUUUCCUUCUUUUAUUGUAGUUUAUUAUGCUGACAUACAUCUUUAUGUUGGCCUGGCUCGGCGUUACAGCUUUCACUUCUUUGCCUGUUUACAUGUACUUCAAUCUAUGGACCAUUUGCCGAAAUGCCACCUUAGUGGAUGGAGCUAAUCUCUGCUUGGAUCUUCGCCAGUAUGGUAUUGUAACUAUUGGAGAGGAAAAGAAAAUUUGCACCAUGUCAGAAAGUUUCUUCAAGAUGUGUGACUCUAAUGAGCUAAACAUGACGUUCCACUUGUUCAUCGUGGCGCUCGCUGGAGCUGGAGCAGCAGUCAUUGCUAUGGUUCAUUAUCUCAUGGUCUUGUCUGCUAACUGGGCCUACGUGAAAGAUGCUUGCAGAAUGCAAAAGUAUGAGGAUAUUAAGUCAAAGGAGGAACAAGAGCUUCAUGAUAUUCAUUCUACUCGCUCUAAAGAGCGGCUCAAUGCAUACACAUAAGGGAAACCUGGUCUUACUUUCUAACAUUUGAAUGCUUUCUUGUUUAACUAAAGGCCAUCCAACCAUCUCAAAAAACAAUUGAAAGUGCUUCUCACAAAAGAUAGUUUAGGUGACUUACAUGUCACCCAUGUACAAUUCUUGGCUGUCUAGCACUUGUCUCUUAAUUAGUUCUUACUUUGUGUGACCAUUCUCUACCACAAAGCUCCUAAAUAGCCUUUCCUGAAUCCUUUUAAGCCAAUUAGUUCUGCUAGAUCAAGGAUACUAUAUUAUUGUCAAAUACAAAAAUGUGUUUGAUUUUUUUUAAUCACUUUGUAUGUGUUAUGCAUAACACCUUUUGCAUUAUUUCUUAUAUGUUUUUGAAAAAAAUAACUUUUUAUACUUUUUGGUUUUAAAUUCAAUACUACUUUAACUACAGGUAUACUUCAAAGGGACCAUUGUACAUGAUGUACAAUAUAUAGAGAAAACACUUUGAAUUUCCUUUAUAUUUGGAAAUAUUGCCAGAUAGACCCUGCUCAACUUGAAUGAAGGUCCUAAGAACAUUUUAAGCAAUCAAAGGUGCAAUUUCUAAAUUUAUAAUAGUGGGUAAAAAGAAAAAAAAAGAAAAAAAAAAGAAAAAUGAAAAAAAGAUUUGAAAAAAAAAAGAAAAAAGUGCUUCUUAUCUUUGUUAACAUUGUAUUAUUCUUGAUGUUUUUAAAGACUAUUCUCUUGUUCCAAGUUCCAUGGGUGAUGAUUCCUGUUUGUAUUGUGAGCAUGCAGACCGUGGUGCUAACAAUGCAUGGCCACUUGCCUUUUUAAGGAAUUCAAUACCACGGUUACCUGUUAAAGAGUUAUGGUAUAUAGACAAUUGUUAAUUAAGUGAUAUAGUUAACCAUAGUUUUUUACAGAAUGAUCUCUCUUUAAUUCAAUGAUAGUUAUGCUAAAUUGGAACUGUUCAUAUGAUGAUGUGAGAAAUUGCUGCUUAGCUACAUUUAUGAAAGUAAUAUAUCAAAAAUACAGUGACCGUAGGAAUCGGAAGUGUUUUUACCUGCUUUAAAAAUUUAACUGGAUUGCACCUGUCUGAACUGUACAAGAUAUAUUAAAAGAGACUUCCAUAAAUGUUGUAGCGUGGCUUCUAGUUUUCCUACACAUACUGUUUUACCUGUAAUAUGUUAAAGUAAGGUGAAAGACCACUACAAAUCUUAUUGUUUGAAAGUGUAGUAAUAUAUUUGAGCCUUUAUUUUGGUAGGAAAAUGUUAUCAGAAAUGUAGGUCAUCCUAAUUUGAAGGAAUUGUAUCAAAAACAGAGCAAAAAACCUAUUUAAAAAAGUAUUAUUGGACCAAAUUUGGUGAUAUCUUUUUUCUAUUUUUUUCCUUUUUUUUUUUUUGCCUAUUUCUAAUGCUACAAGAAUGCUGUAAAGUGUCUUUUAAAGUGAUGUAGCCUGACAAGACAUUUUUGUCAGUGUUAAAAAUCUUAGGUAGUUUUGUGCACUUAUUGGACCAUUGUGAAUUCUCUCUCAGUGUAAGUGCAUUUCUAAUAAAAAUUCUUGAGUAAAACUCUUCUUUGUACUAUUACUAGUCAUGCAUCAUCAGUAAUUUUUAACAAUUCUUGUAGUAAGUAGAGGGUAAUACUAUAGUUAUUUGUGGCAUGAUAAUGCAUUAAGUAAUACUGAUUUUUUUUUCUUUUGCUUGUUUUGUUUUUUUUUUGUUGUGUUUUUGAUUUUUUUUGAUUUUUUUUUUUAAACUUAGGCUAUCCUAGAAGAUCAACAGUUUUCUGAUAUGUGCAGUACCGGUAUUACAGUUCUGCAGAAGUAUUAGGAACCUCUUUUGGAUUCUAUAUUGUAGUGUUUCAGUUUUGUGUCUUAAAACGUUUGUGCUGAUUUUUAAAACUAUGUCUUUUAAACUCAUGUAAUGAUGUUUAAUGCUUUGGGCUCUUCUCUGGUAUUAGAGUUUGUAUUUUCACAAAGAAUGCUUUGUAGCAGGCAUUACAAUAAUCUGUUUUGUACAUAAAUGUGCCAACAGCUUGAUGGUGGCGUUUUUGAAAUGUAGAACAAAGUGCUUGCAAAAAUGUAAUAAACACACUGGUGUACUUUG